AUGACUGUUCCGUACCAGUGCAUUGUAGCGCGAAGCUCCGAGUCUUCAGAUGACUGGACUGUGUUUGCUGCGAGCGGCUCCAAGAUUGUAGUUCAAUCCAGCCGCGGGUCAGUGACGACAUGGCCACAGCAAGACGCCCAAAUCGAAGAUCAGCAGGAGGGCGACUCCGAAGAGCGACCAGGAAAACGCAUCAAAUUGGAACAACCGAAAGAGCAAAAGUCGAAUUUCGCCAGUCUCAUCCUCUCAAACGAUGGACAAUACUUGGUUGGCAUCACUGGCGAAGAUAAAUGUGUUCGCGUCUUUCAGAUCGAUGCUCAGAGCCAGCUGCACCAGUUGAACAAGUUUGGCGAUGUCUAUGCAUUACCGCUUCUCCCUUCGCCUGACGACGACAAGGAAGAAGAGUUGCCCGAGGCACCAGCAACUGAAGAGGCCGAUGAGAAAGAAUGGAUCCCCUCCGCUACUACUCUCACCGUUCACUCUGGGAGGAAUCGAAAGACUCUCGAAGAGCAGCUGAAACGGAAAGCGAAAGGCCCGGCGAAGCCCAAGGAGACUAUGCGAUUCAAGCACGAGCUGCUCCUAGGCCACGUUUCCAUGCUCACAGAUGUCGUCUAUGCUCAGGUAGACAGACGGGGCUAUAUCAUGACAGCAGACCGGGACGAGCACAUCAGAAUAUCACGAGGCCCACCGCAAGCACACGUCAUAGAGGGAUUCUGCUUCGGCCACGAAGCGUUUGUGAGCAGGCUUUGCCUCACACAGUCUGGCCUACUUGUGUCUGGCGGUGGCGACGAUCACUUGUUUGUAUGGGACUGGCAGAACUACCUCUUGAAGGAAAAGUUGGCCAUCCGUGAUCUUGCCUUCACUCAUCUCCAGGAGCGUGGCAUGAUCCCAGCAGGAGUAAAUGUGGCAACGUACAAGGUUGCCGUUUCUGGAAUAUGGAAUUUACCAAGCAAGGACGGUGCCGAGGUAGUAGUUGUAGCAUGUGAGGGAGUACCAGCGUUGUUCAGCUUCGGACUAGGUGCAUCCAUACCAGGCUAUGCCGUUCCACUGGACGGCAACGCACUGGACCUUGCCAUCAUCCGCACGUCUACUGGUCCUUUCAAGUUGGCUGUGUCGAUAGACAACAUCCAGAAGCCAGGCUCAACCACCGAAGUUCGGGAAGACACGGCACCAAGACUGCAAUACUUCGCAAGACAACAAGACGGUACAUGGCACGCUGAUGCAGAGCUCGCAGAGACAUUGAAGAGUUUCGAGCAAAGCGGUGACGACCGACUUGCAGAUGACAAAGCAGUCCGGGAUAUGCUCUACAAUGUGGAGAACCUCAGGAAGCGUCCAGGCGCGGAGGAUUAG